UACUUUCGUGGGCAUGCUAGCGGAGAGUUCCCAUUCAUGUCGUUUUGUCUCUUCGUCUUCUCGCUUCCAGACUUCGCCGCCCAACGCAGCCAUGGACCACGUUGUGCCUAUGUUUCUAAACACCAUUUACCACAUCAGGAACGCCGGGGAAGUCGUUGAUACUUUUCGAAAGACCACUACACCAACCGAUAAGGCUACGGCGAGCGUCAACUCUUGGGCUUUGGAUCUGCUGGGCGACUUCCUCUACACGUGCCCCCUGCUGAAAUUCGGACACGAGCUCGCGGCCAGGCAGCGGAACCAGGUGUUCGGCUACGUGUUCGAUCACAAGGCUAGCUUCGCGCUUUUCAACGACACAACGGGGGCGGCGCGUUUCAUGGACCUGGACUUUGUGUUCGGCCGCCCUUUGGAAGGGUCGCGGGCAGCCACCGCCCAAGAACGGGACCUUAGCCGAAGAAUGAUCGACAUAUGGUCCACGUUUGCCAAGACGGGGAAUCUACCGUUCGUGCAUGGACAGCCCUGGACAAGCUACAGGGACGACAGAAGAGAUAUAGGAGUGCGCAUCGGGCUCACGACACUGGAAGAAGUGAGAGACUACCGGAAGAAGACUUGCGCCAUCCUGCCAUCUUUAGUUGCAGAUCACGCAACGCUGAAAGGAGGCGCAGCUGUUAGCACGACCACGAGAGCACAUCGAGGAAAGGUCACUGACUGAUCCUGCAUACGUCAGGACUGAUAUUUCCAUCUCGACAUAGGUUUAGUAGCUGUUCACUUUUCUUUUUUUUUUCUUAUAGAGGGACGCUUGUCCUGAAUUUAGUGCGCUUAGAGUCUUUGGGAGUCGAACAAUAUACGUUGUCAUGGA